AUGGCGGCCACUCAACAACCAGUACUGUGGAAGAAGCGAAUCCUCGUACCCUUCUGGAUUGUCCGCAUAUGCCUCAUGUUAUUCAUCAUCGCUGCAUACUCGUGGACAUUGCGACAUCUCAAUGAGAUCAAGGAUGUCAUCAAACCGGCAGUCGCAUCGGUUGUCGUAUUCAUGCUCUUCAUUGUCAUAGUACUAUUGAUCGAUGUGCUUGCGAUCGUCCUCUUCCUCCGAGAUGCGCUGAAGCCAGCGACCUUCCUCACCAUGAACUGCUUCCAAACAGGCUUCUGGGGCGGCGUCUUGAUCCUAGACCUUGUAUCUGUGGCCAGAGGCGCGAGCUCUGUUGCGAUUGGUUUCAGCGUCUUCGUCUUUACUACCUUUGUUGGCCUCCUCAUCUACGCCGCAGUCGGAUACUCACGAGCGAAGAAAGCCGCGCAGCGCGGCAUGUAUGCGCCAGCGCAUAACCCAGCUGUCCACCCCGCGCCCUACGGUCAACCACCGCAGUACCAGAGUGGUGCAUCGCCUUACCAGCAAAAUACCGAAUACCACUCGCAGACUGCACCUGUCGAGCUACAUGACCAAUACCUUCCGCCAUAUCAGGGCGGUGCCGCUACAGAUUACUACCACCAACAGCCCGCAAAGCCUGCGCAUCUGGUGUGA